AAAGAAAAAAAAAAGUCAGGUAGAAAUUUAGCUAUGCGGCAGAGAGCGAUUAGAACAGUUAGUCCGGUUCUGCGACCAGGCGGUAGCGACAUAUUUGUCUGUUAGAUCAACAAAGCAAGUCUUUGAUUAGCUGUUGUUGUGAUAUGUAAUCUUACUUUGAUUGUGUGCAAGUCUUCUAAAGUUUGAAGCGUAAGCUUGUGCUCACGGAGAAAUUUUUCGCACAUAUUGAAAAGGAUUUAGAUCUAGCAAGGAAAUAGAGCGAAUUAUUUCUGAUCAAAUUUCACGGAGAAAUGUACACUGUGAGUUAGGUGCUUCCAGGAACCAGUGAUAGAUCUAUGACUUAAGUCAAAAUUGUAUGUGUUCUGUGUUCAAGGGAUGACUUAUAAAAUUUAAUUCUUUAGCCUUGACGAUACAGUUUAAAACUGAGAUCAUCAGAAUGUCACUACUGUCCAGCGAAAACUCAGCAUUCACGCCGCUGGUUAGGUCGAAUAUUCCGCUUGGAUUGCAGGUAGAAUUCAGUAGAAAGGAGAUGUCUUCUCCAGGUAUGGACAGGCACGAACUGUCCCCAGUUUCAUCGCCGACACUCCUGUCCUCAGCCUUUCAUCGCCAUCAUUUCCAUCUACAACAGCAGCUCCACCAGCAGCAUUUUCUGUCUCGGCGACUCAGCGAAGAUGGUCACACGGACAGUAGUUCUUCCAUCCACAGCGAUGGGGAAGGCGACCAGAGCUCCCCUUGCAGCCCGCAGUCCCCUCCUGACUCGCCAGUGUCCCCCGGGGUUGAAGCCCGGCCGCCCAGCGCCAAAGAGAACGAACACUGCUCCCCGCCAGCGUCUCGGGGGUUCUCCUUUUCCGUGGAAGACAUUCUGAAGCCGGAUAAGAAGAAGUCGCCUAGUCAUGGAGGCCCCGGGGUUAACAACAAAUCCAGUCCCGUCAGCUGCCCGCCACAAGACUUGAGAUGGACGGGGCCACCUCAGCCAACGCACCUCCACCCGAGCACAGCCCUUCCAUUACCAUCUCAACUGUCCCCAGUCUCUGUGUCCACAGCAGCGACGCCGCCUUCAGCACCUACAUUACCACCCGCCCCUGGAGGAGGUUUAGCAUCCUGGUACCUUAGUUCAAGAUUUCCACAAAGUAACGUACCACCAACACCAAGAUUGGCACCUCACAAAAUGACCCUUAGGAAGCACAAACCUAACAGGAAACCAAGGACGCCUUUCACCACGUCCCAGCUGUUGGCGUUGGAGCGGAAGUUCCGAGAGAAGCAGUACCUGAGUAUCGCCGAGCGAGCCGAGUUCUCUGCCUCUCUGACCUUGACCGAGACCCAGGUAAAAAUCUGGUUCCAGAACCGGAGGGCCAAGGCAAAGCGUCUGCAAGAAGCGGAACUGGAAAAGCUGCGAAUGGCGGCCAAACCGAUGAUGCCGCCCUUGCUGGGGAUGGGCUUCCCCAUGAGCCUGUACGGCCAGUUUCCCCGCAACGCCAUCAUGUCCCCGUUCUCUGGUCUUCAGUCCGGCGUCUCGUAUCUCCAUUGACACUACGUCAGUUUCAACUGGCCAAACCUUUCAAAACAAAUCAGUUUAUCAAACAUUGACGUGUACGAUAAGACGAAACCGGAAGUGUGGUCAAGCAGACUCCCAAAACACGCCUACUUCUUUCAAGCGAGAUCUUGGUCAUCGAAAACUUUCCAUGUGAAGUCCAGGAACCAGGAACAUAACAGAUGACCGCGCAAAGAAAAAAAUAUAGAGAGAUGGUCUGCUUAAGCUUGAACAAAACUAAGCUAUUUGACCCAAUAAACUGAUUUAAUACCUAGUCAAUAAAACUGAACUGUUGACCUAGGCUUUGCAGGGUCAAAUGGACCUAUUUCUACUUUUAGAAGAACUUGCCUAGGAAGUUUGACUUGCUUUCUGAUCAAUUUCACUUGCAGUAACGAUAACUCUUGUUUUCGUGCUAAUUAUUUUUAUUGUUUCCCUUACUUUUGUGAAAGAAAGUAAAAUGAACUGAUUGCACUAACCUUUCACCCGACAAAGAGGUCAAAGGACAACAUACUUUUUUUUCUCCAUAUAAUGGAACUGUGAUAAUGCAACCAAUUCGUACGAUUUCGUAAUGAGGUCAAAUUAUGUCAUCAUGAUAUCUCAAGUGUUGUCCAGAUGAUGUCUCACGUCUCGUCCUGAUGUUAUCGUGAUGUCUCUAAUGUCGUCCUGAUGACGUCAUGAUGUCUGAAGUCUUGUCCUAAUGAUGUCAUGAUGUUUCAAGUCUUGUCCAUAU